ACGGCGGUAUAUUAACGACGUAUUUUAUAUUUCAAACUGUUUAGUGGACAUUAAAAUAAACAAAAAUGUUCUGGUACCUCAUCAUAGCCAUGUUGCAGUUCGAUCUGAUGAGCAGCAGCGCUAUCACCGACUUGACUGGUGAUAGGGAAAUGGUGAUGGCUUUUGUGAUCAACCGCCAUGGUGAAAGAACACCGGAUGCAGAUGAACUGUCUCUAUCGGAUCAAAAAGAAAAAUUAAUGAACUUAACAUACAUUGAAGGUGUAGAGGGACUUACAAAUACUGGCAAACGGAGAGCGUUUCAAAUUGGUAAAUUUAUUCGGCAAAGAUACGGCGUUCAAGGAUACGGCUUGUUAUCUGACCUUUACCUUCAAGAUGAGAUAGCUUUAAGAAGUACUGAUAAGGAGAGGACGAAGAUGACUGCGCAAAUGGCCAUGGCUGCGUUAUACCCACCAGAAGUCGACCAACAAUGGGAUGAGGGUCUUGGAAGAAUUUGGCAGCCAGUACCUUACACUGCUGUUCCGCUGUCCGAAGAUUAUCUGCGUUAUUACUCAAAUUGUGAACGUUUCAACGAGCUGAUGAAAAUAGCGAAGCAAGAAGCCAUUAACCAGGAGUUUCAGCAGUUCAAAGACCUAGUGACGAUUGUGAAGAAGGAAACUGGACGGAACUUCACAGAGGAUCCGCUGUUAUAUGAAACGCUCUUCGACUUGUUUAAAAGUCAGGUAAGCCUCGGUCUAGACAUACCUGAAUGGGCUAAGCCGUUACUGCCGAAAUUAGGGGAGGCUGCCAGACUUGCGUACAGGCUGUACUUUAGAUACGACGAGAUGAAGAAAAUCGGUGGCGGGGUCAUCCUAAACGAUUUCAUAGAAGCCGCAUCAGAUAUAUCAUCAGGAAAGCCAGUCAAGAAGCGGUUCCGAAUGUUCUCCGCCCACGACUUCAACAUCGGCUCUAUGAUGGAGGUGACCAGGGUUAUCAGACAUGAGCAGAGCAACCCGGAGUAUGGCUCUUUAUUUGCUCUAGAACUAUAUCGGUCCAAGGGUAGUGGAGAACUCACUGUUGUGCCAAUCUACUUACCUAGAGCUGGUGAAUCAACGGCGCAAUUACUACACUUCACUGGCUGUGAAUCCAGCUGUCAUUGCAGCUUUGAUAAAUUCAAGGAGAUCACCAAAGAUUUCUUACUGCCUGAAAAAGAUUUUUACAAUAUAUGUAAUAUAAGGACGGAACUGUGAUAAUUUAUUUAUUAAUAUAAGUAUUAUUGAUUUUUUUUAAUAAAUUAAUGUUAUUUACGAAG